AAAGAGAAGCAGACAAAGAGUGAGAGAAGGGCAGUCAGGAGCGAGGAGCUGAUGUCAUUACAUGGCGAUGUCUUCAUUACGAAUCCGAGUUAACACAAUGACCCAGGACAAGCACAGAAAACACACUUAAAGGAGGCAAUGGGAGCUGUUCAGUGAGGUCAAGCUGGGGAACUGGAGUCUCCUGUGGUCAAAACAAGAAGAAGAGCCAGUGGAGUCACCACUUCCAGGCCGCAAAAACCAGAGCACAAUUAGGAAUAUCAAACUACUGCACUGAGGAUGUCUGUCUGUGGAAGAAUCUAAUGAGAGGAUUGUAACUGUGACACUAUUUGUUUUUUACACGCCCAAAACGCGAGCCUCCUAGAUGAACCGCUUCCAGAGUGCAAUCUAAAAGACAGUCGCUUGGACUCCCAGAAAAUAUCAAGUUCACUCUUCCGCUCUUUUUUUGGGAUCUGGCAUUUGACAGGAGGUCAUUAACUUUGUUUACUCUCAGACAAUGGACUCGUCUCUGCUGCCCGCUUCACAGAAUGAGUAUGGCAAGCAGAGGACAGGGGUGAAAUUCACCGUCCGCUCAGCUAACUCUCCCACAUACAGUCUCUCUCGCAGCUCAGGUGUCAGGAAACGGGAGGGCAUAGGAGAAGUUGCAGAAAGAGAACGAUAUAGGACACACACCAACACAAACGGUACAAAUAAGGAUGACGACACAGUCACUGGAUGUGAAACCAGGACUAGGAGUGGCAGCAGUGUCAGCACAAACAGAACGAUCCCAGAGUUUGGCACUGACAGAAGAGAAAACCCUGCAUUUGAAAGCCAGGGAAGAUCGGCGUGGAGGGGAUCCAACCUUACAAGCAGAAGUAAGAGUUUAGAUUUCAAAACAGGCGCUAGAACACCUGAUCUCAAUACCAUAGCUGACUUUUCUCAGCUGUCCAACAACAAUAGGGGGGACACCAGUAAAUAUGCUGGAGCUUUGGAGGGAAGGAGGACACAAAUUGAAGGCAGCGUCAUGGACAGGAUUUCAUCACUAAAGGCCUUUAAUUCUGUAGCUGUAAGUAAUCUUCAAGAGAGAAGCGAGCUUUUGGAAAGGAGCAGUAGGGGUAAGACUCUCCCUACCAGGUUAAGAUCCCUGUCUGGAUCUAACUCUAGGUACACAGAGACAUCUGCUUCAUUGGGGCCCAAAAGUGGCCAAAGUAUAACGGAGCGGAUAGAGAAACUCUUUGGACCUACUGGUUUUGGUAAAACGGAUGACUGCAAAAAUAGGGAUUCCUCUAAUAACUCUGAAUCAUCAACAGAAUCCCUCAUUUCACAGCAGCAAAAGCCUCAUGAGAAGACAGCAGGGGGCACCUUCCCUAUGAGUUUCUUCUCGAAGGACAGCGAUAGUGCGGUGAAAAGUGGACUUUCACUCUGGACACAAAAAGAUGCCAAUGCCUCAGGGUUUGAGACUUCAUUUUCAUCUGGGGCAAGCAUAACCAGAGAUAGCUCACUAGGAGGGUGGAUGCAGGGAAGGUAUUCAGAGGAAAGUGGAGUUAAUUGGGGCAAGGGUUUUAUGGAAACAGGUACAAGGUCCCUGGAUAGAGCCAGGAGUAGGUCCUGUAUAGCUGCACAGAUUAGAUCUGCAAGGGCAAACGCACAGCCAAAAACUUUGUUAGAAGAGACACCAGAUUCUUUCAGAGAGUCAUCUGAAUUCAGAGACAAAAGCAAAGACGAGAGCUCUGCAAACAACGGAGAGGAAAAGAGUGAAACUAAUGUAAUAAGUGGGAUGUUGAGAGACAGGACUAGAAGUGUUGAUGGACCAGAUCAAAUAACAGAAUUGAAGGGUGGCAAUGCUUAUGAGGAUGUAUUUGAGACGAAUCCACAGAAAACCAAUGUGAAAACAGCAGAGAGAAAGAAGGCUCUGUCUGUCUCCUCAGCAGCCAGUGUUAGAAAUAAGAUCAACCAGUUUGAGGCUCUGACACAGCAAGCUCAGAGUUUUGCGACAGGCCAAGUCCAAAUACCCAGACGUACCUUUUCUGUACCAGCACAAGUCAGCAGGGGACAUGAAGGAGUGAAGAAGAGCGGGUCUGCAAAAGAAAUAAAUGAGCUAAGGAAAAAGUGGGCAGGACUCCAAGAAGAAGGGGAGGCUCAAGAUAAAAGUGAAGACAAAAUGAUGGGAACAGUAAAGAAGGUUUGGCCUGACAGAAAUUUAUCAGUGGAUGAAAUUGGACUAAGAAUAGAGAAGGAACAGACAGGACUAAAUGACUUGGAUCAGAAAAGAAAAACAGACUCUACUGAUGAUUUAAAAUUUUCCGGACUCAAGACUACCCAAGAAAUGCCUCAUAAAAGUGACAGAGCUGUAAGUGGAAAGCUUGGCACAGACGAGACAGAUUUCUUCAAAGCCUCAAGCCCUGAAGAGGCAAGUGAGAGAGACGUGACAGGCAGCAGUACACCAACCCCACUACCACCCUGUGACCCUUCACACAAGGAAAGGUCACACUCUGAUAUUACUUCACCAGUUAGUGAUGAUGAACAGACUCCAACAAACAGCCCUAGCUAUUUACUGACUACUUCACCUGUGGCACAGCUGGGGGAUGUCACUCCCACUGCCGACAGUGACAACAAAAGCCCUCCUGUCUUCACAUGUCCAGCAAAAGAUCCAGACUUUUCUCCUCGUCCUCUUCCUACAUCUUCUGACAACAACCUUCAAGAUGUCAUCUCCCCAGACAUCCAAACAACACCCCAGAAAGGCAAGAAACGGUUAUUGGACCUGAAUGCUUGGAUAGCUGGUUUGAACCCAGAUUUGAAAGUCUUUAGUGAUGAUGAGGAUGUUGAUGAUGAUGAAAGCACCCAAAAAGAUGACGAUUCAAACUAUGAUUCAGACUCAGGAGAGUCCUCGGUUACCAUCACCAGCAAUAUGAGUCAGUCAGAUCGCAGGAGCUUCUCUGUCACUCUUUCGGACCUGUGUAACUUUGCUGGAGCUGACUACGAUUCAGAGAAUGACAGCGAUGACUGGCAGUCAACAAACCAGCGUACCGCUUCAAUGAGCUCAGAUAUGUCAGUGUUUUCCUGUGUGUCUGUGAUGCCCGCUGAGGAGCUCGACAAGCUUGUAGAGGAAGUGAGGAACCUGGGGGAUGAUGCCCUGCAGGACUAUGAUGAUGUGCAGGUAGUGGUUCUCCAUAAAGACGUCGGAGUCGGACUAGGCUUCAGUUUGGCAGGAGGCGUGGACCAAAACAAGCCCAUCACUGUUCACAAAGUAUUUCACUCAGGUGUUGCAGCCAAGCAAGGCUCUAUAAAGGAAGGUGACCAGGUUUUAUCCAUCAAUGGCACAGCACUAUCUGGGAGUGCCCACUGGGAAGCCUUGAGGGUUUUAAGAAGGGCAAAGGCGAAGGAUAUGGUAGUUGUGGUGGUGAGGAGGGGGGGCAUCAUAGACAGCUCUAAGAAAGGAGAAGAGGGAAAUAGUCGGGGACAAACACCGGAACAGUAUGAGACAGGUCAAACAGUAUGUGUGCAACUACAGAAAAACAGCCGGGAUCUGGGCUUCAGUCUGGAGGGAGGUGAAGGCUCCAGUCUGGGGAACAGACCACUCACCGUCCAGAAAAUCUUCCAAGGAGGUCCUGUUGACAUGGUAUAUCCUGGUGAUGAGGUCCUAGAAGUCCAAGGGACAAGCGUGGUGGGGAUGAGGCGCUUAGAAGCCUGGACUUUGAUCAGAGCACUUCCUCCUGGGCCUGUGGAUGUGGUGCUACGUCGCUCCCAUAAGCAUCCAGAAACAUGAAGAUUAAGGAAGCAGUUUACUCCUUGUAAGAUUAAGGGGAUGGACCAAAAACAUAAACGCUAUCUAUGAGAGACCGUAUCUCCUUCAGUGGGCAAGAACUUGAAAUCUGGACAUGAUAUAGUUCAAAAUGUGUUUAUGUACAGGCAGUAUAAUAACUAUAAUAUCCUAAAGAAAAAGAAAAAUAAGCUUGGAGACCAGGUCAAGGGUGUAUAUUUUUCUUACAUGCUCUUUUUUAACAGGAUUACAUCUACCUCAAGGCCUGGCAAACCUCUAUAUCAGCUGAAUCAUUGAGUAAUUGUGGCUCCUACAUGCACCAAAUCAACCAACAUUUGUAUCAGAUAGAUUGAUCAGUUCAAAACAGAUCAUUUGGUACCUGUAAGUGAAAAACGAUGUUGUACUAUACUGUUAAUAGUUAAUAACUUUUCCAUUGAGACUUUAUAUUUGUUUUUAAUAAAAGCUAACAAAUUGAUGUUU